UUAGUUACCUCUGUUCAGGAAUUUUCUUUCUCUGUUACCAAUGACCAGACUUUGCCCUUCCGCUGGAGGGCAAUGUUUUCACAGGUUCUCCUUCUUUAAAUUGGGAUUUUUAAAAUCCUUGCUGAAUUUGCUAGUAAAUUCUCAAUGUGGAGAGCAGAGAACCAGGAAGUGAGUCCGCUGAGGUAGGCAGAAGAGCCUGGUGGAGUGAUCGAAAGUAAAAGAAAACUUCUUCCUGGUGGCGUUUCUAGCCCCACCCCCUUCCUCCCUGCCGAGUUUCCAGGGAUUUUUCUCAGGUUGUGUGAACCAGCCUUAGUGAUCAGUACGUGUGAAGUUAGACAGACUAGGGGACGCGGCAUCGGGAACUUAGUGACUGUGAUGUUGCCGGGACAGGGUGAAGCAGGAGUAAUACUCCCUCGUGAGGUGGCUGUGAGGAUUUAAGUUGAUAAUAACAGUCACUUACAGCGGUGACCCACACUGCUAAGUAGCCAGUUACGACUACGUUCUCCUAACACUUGAGCAGAAUGAACUUCAACAGAUGUCUCUAUAAUAUCGGGGAACAGCUGGACAGUGAUGACCUGGCUGCCCUCAAGUUCCUGAGCCUGGACUACAUCCCACAUAGGAAGCAGGAGCCCAUCAAGGAUGCCUUGAUGUUAUUCCAGAGGCUCCAAGAAAAAAGAAUGUUGGAGGAAAACAACCUGUCCUUCUUGAAGGAGCUGUUUUUCCGAAUGAAUAGACUGGAUCUGCUGACCACCUACCUGGACACGAGUGAAGAGGAGAUGGAGAGGGAGCUUCAGAUACCAGGCAGGGCCCAGAUCUCUGCCUACAGGGUCAUGCUUUUUCAGAUUUCAGAAGAUGUAAACAAACUGGAAUUGAAGGACUUUAAGUUUUUUCUCAGCAAGGAGAUCGCCAAAUGUAAACUGGAUGAUGACAUGACCUUGCUUGAUAUUUUCAUAGAGAUGGAGAAGAGGGUCAUCCUAGGGGAAAGAAACUUGGACACCCUGAAAAGAAUCUGUGAGCAAAUCAACAAGAGCUUGCUGAAGAAGAUCAACGAUUAUGAAGAAGUAAGCAGAGAACCAAGGAUGAGCCUUGAAAGCAGGCCAGGGGAAAUCUCAAAUGAUUUGUCUCAACUGCUCGAAGGGGAGGGGUCCCUUGGAGAUCUGGCCUUGUCGGACUCUCGGGGAGAACAGGACAGUGAGCCAGAGACAUGGAGCGAAGUUUACCGAAUGGAAAGCAAACCUCGGGGAUACUGUUUGAUCUUUAACAAUUAUGAUUUUAGUGUAGCACGGAAGGAUGUGCCCAAACUUCACAGCAUUAAGAACAGGAAUGGAACAGACUUGGAUGCAGAGGCUUUGAGCAAGACCUUUAGCGAUCUUCAUUUUAAGGUCGUAGAGUUCAAGGACUCCACAGCAAAGGAUAUCUUUGAGAAUCUGCAGCAAUACCAAGGCUUGGACCACACUGACAAGGACUGCUUCAUCUGCUGCAUCCUCUCCCAUGGAGACAAGGGCAUCGUCUACGGCUCCGACGGGCAGGAAGCCUCCAUCUACGAGCUGACCUCUUACUUCACUGGUUCCAAGUGCCCGUCCCUUCUUGGCAAGCCCAAAAUCUUUUUUAUUCAGGCUUGUCAAGGGGAUAACUACCAGAAAGGUAUAGCUAUUGAGACUGACUCAGAACAGAAGGAAGCCUAUUUAGAAAUGGAUUCAUCACGUCAGAAGAGAUACAUCCCAGAUGAGGCAGACUUUCUGCUGGGGAUGGCUACUGUGAACAACUGUGUUUCCUACCGAAGCACUGUGGAGGGGACUUGGUAUAUCCAGUCACUUUGCCAGAGCCUGAGAGAAAGAUGUCCAAGAGGUGAAGAUAUUCUCACCAUCCUCACCAAGGUGAACUUUGAAGUAAGCAAUAAAGAUGACAAGAAAAAUAUGGGCAAACAGAUGCCACAACCUACUUUCACACUGAGGAAAAAACUCUUCUUUCCUCUUAAUUGAUGCUGCUGUUUAGUUGCAUAACACUACGCUUAAUCUGUUGUUAAAAUGCUGCUAAUUUACUCUUUUUUUUUUUUUUUUUUGGAUAGCAGGAAGGGGAGAGAAUGGGAGUCAGGACAAUCUAAUAUUUAUACAAAUUCAAGCCUAAAUCUCUAGCUUUGCAAGAACUAGACAUUUAUAGCCAUAACAUAACUUUAGUUGCACUUUUAAUUCAAUGAAAAUGUUUAGAAAUAAAUGAUUCGACCAACAAGGGGCUGAUUUCCAACAUAUAUAGAUAUAUGCUACUAUAUAUAAAGUAGAUAAUUAACAGUUUUUUACUAUACAUGGCAAGGAACUAUAUUCAAUAUCUUGUAGUAACCUAUAAUGAAAAAAAUAUGAAAAGGAAUAUAUAUACAUAUAUAUAUAUAUGACUGUAACAUUAUGCUGUCCAUCAGAAUUUGAUACAACAUUGUAAAAUUACCAUACUUCAAUUAAAACAAAAGUUUAAAAAUAAACUUAUAGUAGACUUAUUAUGCAAGGGGAAUUUCAGUGACUCCCUUUCAAAGAUCACUGAGGGAGAUUUUGGUGUCCUGACCUGGCUGAAAAAACCCUGGUAUGUUGCGGUUUAAGGCACAAUGCUCCCACAUCCAGCCUGAUCAAUGCUGGUGAGUGUGACAAGCAGUCAAGUGAGCCUCCUCUCUUGAGCCAUGAGAAGACUCUGCUUUUCAGGGAUGAAGGCUGCCUUUUCUCUUCUUGCUCUUACAAUACGUGCAUCAUGAUUUGCUUUUUCGCUAACAAUGCUGCACUCCUUUUAUGCAUUUUCAUUUGCUUUCUUGAACUUCUCAAGUAAAACUGAAAUCUUUAGUACUUAUGCUACUUUUGACAGCUACGUUUUUAAAGAAUAUAGAAUAAACUGUAAUUAUCUGACUCUUCCUUGGA